CCAUUUUAGGCUGAGAUGUUUGCCUUUAGAGUAGGGACGAUAUCUGUGUAGCACUCACGUGCUGAGCAAGCAGCGAUCAUUCCACGAUGUGCAUCCCUUGUUAGAGCAAGCUGGAGGACGAUGCACUGACUCGCAGCCAACAGAGGUAGCGAGGCAGGUGACGUGGAAUAUGGGGUGUCUGGUCAAUAGUCAGGGGACCUGGUCCUGCAUGGACAGGGCAGUUUUUGGAGGAGUUGGGCAUCACGUUGCUUGGAUUCUGGCAUGGUUCGUCUUACUUUCCACGCCAGGCAUGGUGACACCUUGCCCAGAGUCCUGCAGGUGUUACGGGACCUUGGUUCAAUGUCUGGAACCCAACUCCAUCACUAGCAUGCUGGACCUCGGAGAGAUGGAAAAUGUCACCGAAAUAGUAAUUGAGAACCAGAAGGACUUGUUGAGCCUAACUAAGACCGACAUGAAAAACUUCAGAGAGCUGAAGAAUCUGACAAUUUCAAACACCGGGCUGCAGAAUAUUUCAGAAGACGCUUUCCAGUGGAACACACGGAUUACUCACAUUAACCUGUCUGCUAAUGCCCUGGUGUCACUCUCGUGGAGAACGUUCCUUUAUCUGCCUCUCCAGGAACUAAUCCUCACCGGCAAUCAUUUCCGCUGUUCCUGUGAAAUCCAAUGGAUCCAGAUUAUGAUAGACGAUGAGUGGGCUGACCUUGGAAACCAGUCACUAAGCUGCUUUUAUGACAAUAAGGAAGACAUCUCAAUUGGAGAUCUUCGUAUUCCCGAGUGUGAACUACCGCAGGUUGCCAUCGUUAAACAGAAUCUUACCGUGCUAGAAGGCGACAAUCUCACCCUUGUAUGCACCGUUUCGGGGCAGCCCACCCCCAAAGGAACCUGGAUAAUACCAGAUGUGAAAGCCCAGUCACGAAUCGAGCAAUCGGAUCCUCCGGAUGAAGUGAUCUUCCUGCAUCUUUUCAAUAUCUCAUCUAAAUUUAACAAGCAAGAUGUCUCCUGCAAGGCAGAGAAUAUGGUUGGACCCAAGAACACAUUGGUCCAGAUCGAUGUGCUGUUCCCUGCCAAAAUCAUCAGUUUAACUGAGCCAGUUAGGCAACACCAUCAUUGCAUCCCAUAUACUGUGGAUGGGAACCCGCGUCCGGAGAUUCAAUGGCAGUUCAAUGGGGAAAACCUUUGGAUGAACGAUUUCAUCUUCACAUGGGAAUUUGAGGACAUGGACAACUCAACAGCCUUCCACGGCUGCCUCAACUUCAACAAACCCACUCAUGUCAACAAUGGGAACUACACCUUGCGGGUCAGGAAUAUGCUUGGGUCCGCUUCGCAAUCCGUGUACAGCCAUUUUAUGGAAAACCCCUUCAGCUUCAACCCAGAAGAGCCGAUUCCAGUGUCCCUGUCUCCAGAGGGUGGAGGAAACAGCACAUUUGUGAACCCUGUAGAAACCGUGGAAGAGAACACAUUCGGGGUCUCGGUUGCAGUGGGACUGGCUGCAUUUGCCUGCAUAUUUCUCGUCCUCAUGCUGAUCGUGCUUAAUAAAUGUGGACGUCACUCCAAGUUCGGCAUUAACCGGGCGGCUGUGCUGGCACAGGAGGAUGACCUGGCAAUGUCGCUCCAUUUUAUGAACUUUGGAGCCAGCCCUCUGACCUCUGCUGAAGGGAAGCUGGAUGGAGCGAAAACCAACUUCAUUGAGAACCCACAAUACUUCUGUGAUGCCUGUGUUCAACACAUCAAACGACGAGAUAUUGUGCCCAAGUGGGAGCUUGGAGAAGGAGCCUUUGGCAAAGUAUUUUUGGCAGAAUGUUACAAUCUAACUCCGGAGAAUGAAAAGACUCUGGUUGCUGUAAAGGCGUUGAAAGAAGCCACGGAAAAUGCUCGCCAGGACUUCCAGCGAGAGGCGGAGCUUCUUACGGUGCUCCAGCACGAACACAUCGUCAAGUUUUACGGUGUGUGCACGGACGGCGAGCCUCUGAUAAUGGUGUUUGAAUAUAUGAAGCACGGCGAUUUAAACCGAUUCCUAAGAUCUCAUGGGCCCGAUGCCAAGAUACUAGACAAUGGUAAUGGACAGACAUACGGACAGCUCAACCUUACGCAGAUGUUGCAGAUAGCGUCCCAGAUUGCUUCUGGCAUGGUUUACCUGGCAUCUCUACACUUUGUCCAUCGUGACCUGGCUACAAGGAACUGCCUCGUUGGCAACAAUUUGGUAGUUAAGAUCGGAGACUUUGGAAUGUCAAGAGAUAUCUACAGCACAGACUAUUAUAGGGUUGGCGGACGAACCAUGCUUCCCAUUCGCUGGAUGCCACCGGAGAGUAUUUUGUACCGAAAAUUCACAACUGAGAGCGACAUAUGGAGCUUUGGUGUUGUUCUUUGGGAAAUUUUCACCUAUGGGAAGCAGCCAUGGUAUCAGCUUUCUAAUACAGAGGCCAUUGAAUGCAUCACCCAAGGACGAGAGUUAGAGAGACCUCGGACAUGCCCAACAGAGGUGUACACCAUCAUGCAGGGGUGCUGGCAGAGAGAGCCUCAGCAGAGACUCAAUAUUAAAGAAGUUCACAGCAAGCUGCAAGCUCUUGUGAAAGCUCCACCGGUGUACUUAGACAUCCUGCAAUGAACGGACUCGAGGAGACAUUGGGAUUCUUCGUAAAAAGGGACCAAAAGCACCUGUACAGGAAACGCUUCAAUGCAAAGCCAUCCAACCAAUAUACAUAUAUAUUCUGCUUCUAUUAAGACACAAGAUCCGAACCCUCCUUCUGAAAGACUGCUCCUGAGGGUGAGUGGUCAAACUCUCUGUGAACUCGAGGGAAACUUUAACCAGAAGAAUUUAAAUAAAAAUCUGCUGUCGGCACUUCUGAAUACCUCUAAUGAUAGGUUGUAUUUAUCAUCCAUAAUGCUGACAAUCUAGUGAUAUUUGUGUAUGAUCUUUACGUCUUGAUGAUAUUGCGUGAAAAACUUAACAUAAUUCCGCAUGAAAGGGAGCAAAAACGACUCCAUAAACCAAGGCGAAGCCGCCGGCGGCAUUCAGAUCACACCAACCCCUAUCUGGCAAAGUCAGACGCUCAUUGAUAGAUAUAAAUAUUUCCAGCUAUAUGGAUGGACAUCCUGCUUCCUUCAAGAUUGACGUGGUAUGUGUUCACCUUCUUCUACCUAGUGAAUGGCUUUGGAGAUAAACUGCGCAACAUCUAUCUUCAUUCACACUGCCUGCCCACACAAUCACCACCUCUCGCUUCCUAACGGCAUCUACAGCGCUCAUUGUUUUCCCAAUGAAUUUAUAACAGACUGUUAACCACGGGGCUGGUGGACAUUUUGUUUUUCUUUGCUUUUUGGAAGGGAAACAUAUAAUGCAUCUGAUUUAACCAUGCAUGUCAUACGUCAUUUAAAGCUAAAAAGUGACCAAAGACGUUGAUGAGCAGGUAAUGUCACAUCGUAUACUAGCCCGGUGGAACCUGACCUGCAGUAAAAUUGAAUGAUUGGUACACCUAAAGUACUUUGUAAAGCUUCAAGCUGGAAAGAAAAAGUCUGUAGACUUUGUGUUGUAUCUCAUGUGGGAUACGUCAUGCUGUAAAUACAUGGAGACCCGUCCAGUGGGGACAGUAAGACCGAGAUGUCGGAUAUUAGACACUGGACGUAUCCAACGAAGAAACAAGGCCAUUUAAACUUCUAUUGUAAAUACAAUCUCUUCACCCAUGUUAUGGUCGUCGUUCCCUUCUUCUAUACCAGUUCACCAAACAUGGCAAUCUGUACGAUAAUGUAUAUUGAUCUGCAGAGAAUAGUGUAGACAAUUGUCAUGAGCAUCCAGCAAAGUAACCGGUACAAGUGAGCAGCACGCGAUGCAACAGGUGCUGCUGCAGUGGAUGAGGAACUAACGCACCGUGUCGUAGAUCCACGGGCUAUGUAGAACUGUAAUAAACCAUGAUGAAUUGUUUGGGUACAGAUAUAUAGCUCCUUUGAUGUAACCAGUAGAUAACGUUCACUUAUCUAAUGAAAGCUCCUAAAGUGCUCUAAUACAGCUUAAAAAUAUUGCUUAUGUUGUGAUACUGUUCCUAAACCGUUCAGCAACAUUCAAAAGGAGCAGUGGGGUUUUAAUGUAUUGGCAACAUUCAUGCUCUCAUUCACAACAUUUCAAAACAAACCAAAGUUGUAUCCAUAUUGUCUAGCACUUCGGACACACAUAGCAAA